CUAACCUAACAAUAAUUUAAUUUUUAAAGUUCAGUUCAGUUAAAUAAUGCAUAUUUGUAGAAAAUGCCCUUUUAGCUUAUUUUUGUAUAAAUCGAAACAAUAGUAACAUGAGUUCUGAGAAGGAGAUAACUGAACCCCCGCCAGCAGAACCACCCGCUCACCUCCAAACAGACUGGGAUUUCUUCCUAAAACAACUAAAUACAAAAAGCGUUCAAAUCGAAUCCUAUUUCUAUAAAGCUACAUGGAAAGACAACAAGGCAGUACAGCUAAUGGUCAGCCACAUUUACGAUUUAUCACACUUUUGGGUUGUGAGCCAGUCAGAGGAAGUGGACCUGAUCCAUAAAUAUUUAUUCGAUUUUUACUCUAAACACCAGGCACAUUAUAAAGUGCCCCGGGAGCACUUUAAACUUGGCAUGUACUGUAUAACAUACACUGAAGGGGCCUAUUAUCGCUCCAUACUGGUUAAUAUUCCUCUGAAGAUUGCCACCGAUACCAUCGCUUUUGUUUUCUUGGUUGACUUUGGGUUCAUGGCCAGGGUACAGUUGGAUCAGAUUUAUUUUAUGACUAAGGCUUUGUAUAAUGUACCGCAGUUUUCUAUUAGGGCAUGCUUAUCAGGUUUAGGACCGGUAGGAUCUGAAACCUGGUCGAUGCAAGCAAUAGAAAGAUUCAGUGAACUGGUGUCUAACAAACCGGUUUAUGCCCAAAUAACCCAUGUCAAUGAAAAACAGAAAACUAUAUUUGUCCGACUGGGCGAGUACGAUUUUAAAAGCAACAGUUACGAUUAUAUUAAUGACGUGUUGAUCAGAGACAAGUUGGCCCGGUUGCUAACCGAGGUGGACAUCAGAGCUCUGAAACACGCCGAUAAAAAGAGGAACCAGAGAAGUGGAGGCGCGAGGAAGGCGAGGUUGCCAUUUUCGUACCCUUCGUUUGAGGUUAUCGAGAAGGGUGGGUGUGUCGAUUCAUUGGCGGCCGCUAAGAAAUUGCGUGAUUUUUCUGUUUUUUUUUUUAAGUAGAUCUGUUUUGUGAUUAUUUAGGUUAAAUUAGUUUUGUAAGUAGAGUUAAUUUUUUUUACGUUGUGAUUUUUAAUAUUAGGUUUCUUUUUAAUGGCUUUAAUUGCUUGGAAGUAAUUUUUUUCCAAUUUCAUUACAUUAUUUCUACCAGUUCUUACUUGAAAAUUAGUUCUGAUAAACUGUAGCUGAAUUACCAAUAAACCAUUUUAUUUUUAUAA